AUGGCUACGGUAGAAGAUGAUGAAGGAGGAGCGGUCCUUAUGACGAGACCGAAGAAAAAAUCAGGCCCUGAUCAUGCAUUGGAAAAAUUUGCGCUUGCUACUGUUGCUAAAAAAAUAGACGGUUUGCGAGCAGAGUUUGCAACGUUGAAAACAUUUGUACCAAAAGUAACCUCACAAGCAGCUUUUAAUAGAAAUAUGGAUUGUAAUCGAUACAACAAUGUCAUUUGCUACGAUCAUACAAGAGUUGUGUUGAAAUUCAAUGUGCCACCGGACAGAGAUUACAUUCAUGCUAACUAUGUUCGAACAUCGCUUUGCAAUCUUCCCAACAAUUUUAUUUGCACUCAGGGCCCAAUGGAUUCGACAGUAAAUGAUUUUUGGCGAUUGGUAUGGCAAGAGAAGCCGAAAACAAUCGUCAUGUUGUGCAAAGUGAUCGAAUGCGGAAAACAAAAAUGCUCACAAUAUUUUCCAUUAAAUCGUGGUGAAACAAAGCAAUACGGAAUGGUUUUUGAAUCGAUUGAAAUGAAUGUUAGCGUGAGGGGAAAUUCAGCAGUUGUAGUAACACUAUUUAAAUGGUUGGACUGGCCAGAUUUUGGUGUACCAACGUCUGGAAUGGGAAUGUUGCGAAUCCUUCGUCAAAUUCGAGACCAACCUCAGAGUACAGCAAUUAUUCAUUGUUCAGCGGGUAUUGGUAGAACGGGAACAAUCGUCGCGUGUGAGAUCUGCUUGAAAAUCCUUCUUGAAGGGAAAGAUCUCAAUGUGCUGGAUGUCAUAAAAGAAAUACGAGCACAACGAGCUGGUGCUGUACAAACGGAAGGUCAAUAUGUGUAUCUUCACAGGACAUUGUGCGAGUACAUAAAUGCUAAAAAAAUUGCUAAAGAAAAAAUCGCAGAAUUCUUUACAGCUUACUUGAGUUAUGCAAGUAGUUGUAAGGGAUAG